AUCACUUAACUCCUGAUUGAACAAUUCUUCAGUCACAAUGAAACUUAACGUAGCAAUAGUGUUUUUAUUCUGUCAAGAAAUUUUUUGUUACAAUUACACAACUAAAUUCCUUGAUGUUCCUCUUGACCACUUCAGUUUUACGAACAAUGCAACUUUUAAAUUAAAAUAUUUAAUCAAUGAUAGUUUUUGGAUUGAUGAUGGUCCAGUAUUCUUCUAUACGGGUAAUGAGGGGGCUAUUGAGACUUUCGCCGACAAUAUUGGUUUCAUGUACGACAUAGCCCCCAUCUUUAAUGCUCUAAUUGUCUUUGCCGAACACCGUUAUUAUGGGGCUACCCUCCCCUUCGGCAAUGCUUCUUUCACCACCCCCAGUCACUUAGGAUACUUGACUUCAAGUCAAGCCCUUGCUGAUUACGUCUACUUGAUCAACUACCUCCAAACCACCCACCAACGCUCCGAUUACUUGAGUAAAGUCCCUGUGGUGGCUUUCGGGGGCUCCUACGGCGGAAUGUUAGCAGCGUGGCUCAGAAUGAAAUACCCAGCUUCAGUUGUGGGGUCUAUUGCAGCCUCAGCCCCCAUUUGGCAAUUCCAGGGGCUCACCCCGUGUGAGAAUUUCAACCGAAUUGUGACAAAUGUUUAUAAAACAGCAACCGAUAAUGACUGCAGCGCCCCAAUUCAAAAAUCGUGGAAAGCUAUAAGAAACAUCACAGCAAGCGACGAAGGAAAAGGCUGGCUUACAAAAGUAUGGAAAUUGUGCGCACCUCUGAAAACAUCAAAUGAUGUUGAGGAUUUGCUUGAUUGGUUUUCGGAAAUUUUAGUUAACAUAGCAAUGGUUAAUUAUCCAUACCCAACGAAAUUUUUAGCCCCUUUACCCGCGUUUCCCGUCAGGAAUUUUUGUUAUAAAUUGAGUGGGGUGAAAAUAACUGAUGAUAAGUCACUCCUGACUGUCAUUGGUAAUUCUCUUGAAAUUUAUACUAAUUUCACGAAAACUAACAAGUGUAAUAAAAUAAACCAAACAGCGGAGUCUUUGGGUGAAAAUGGUUGGGAUUUCCAAGCUUGCACCGAAAUGAUAAUGCCGAUGUGUUCCGAUGAUAACGACAUGUUUGAGAACCAAUCUUGGGAUUUCAAAAAAUACUCAGCCAAGUGUUACGCUAAAUGGGGGGUGAAACAGACCAACCCCGAAUUGCCAAUUCUGGAAUACGGGGGGAAGGACAUAACAGCUGCUAGUAACAUUGUUUUUAGUAACGGAUUACUCGACCCUUGGUCAAGCGGAGGCGUCUUGAGUAACAUCUCUGCGACAGUUUCCUCCGUUAUCAUCCCUGAAGGGGCCCACCACUUGGAUUUACGCGGAGAGAAUAAAAACGACCCCAAAUCGGUAAUAGAAGCCCGCCAAUUCCACGUCAACAGUAUAAGAAAAUGGCUCGUUGAUUUUUAUUACUCACGCGAUAAAAACUACUUUAAAAAAACGACUUUUUUCAAUAAGAUUACAUACACGCAUGGAAACAAUGUUUAAAGUCAAAAAUUAUUGUAUUUCCUUUUUCCUCAAAUAAAUACUGAUAUAAAUACUG